UUUAGCAUUAUGUGUUGUGUAGUUAUAAUCGUAUAUAUUAUAAUAUUGUAAUAUAUAUUAUUUAUUAAAUAUCGUUUUAAAAAUGAUAACUUCUAGUGAAGUUUAAUAUUAAUUUAUUCUUUACAGAUAUUUUUUUAUUGUUUUUAUACAUUACAGUAAUGUCAUAAUAUCUAAAUAUUUGUAAAAUAGUGUUGAAUGUUUAGUGAAGUUUAUUUAAUUUAUCUAAUGAAUUACACAGUUUUGUUUCAAUAUUAAUUCGUCAUUGGUCAUGAAGGUGACGUAUUUCUGGUUAAUACAUUCAUGUUUAAUUCUUGGAAUAAGUGUUUUUUGUGACAGAAUACUUGAAAAACGACAAACUUUAACAUCAUGCUCAGUAAAUCCCGAGAAUGCGUUUAAUUGUUCAAAUGGACUGUGCAUCGAGACGUCAACUAUUUGCGACGGUCAAGCGGAUUGUUCAGAUGGUUCAGACGAGAUUAACGACUUAUGUGCUAGACAAACAUGCCAAAGUCAUGAAUAUCGAUGUAAAUAUGGAGCUUGUGUGGAUAAAAGUACGAAAUGCAAUGGUAAAAACGAUUGUGUCGAUGGCUCUGACGAAAACUUACCCGAAUGUAAACAAAGCUCUAUAAACAGUACUCUACACAUCAAUGGAUCAAUCAAAUGCCUUGAAAACCAGUAUAAAUGUAUAUCUGGCCAAUGCAUUAAUGGACCAUUAACUUGUGAUGGAAAUCCUGAUUGUAUCGAUGGGUCUGAUGAAACCUUAGCAUUAUGUGAAACAGUUAAGUGUGACAAUAAUACAUUUCGGUGUAAGUAUGGGGCUUGUGUCAAUGAGGACAGUAAAUGUGAUGGCGUAAAACAUUGUGCUGAUGGAUCUGAUGAAGAGAAAUGUAUUGUGCCUAAAUCAAUCUCGGAGCCAAUAACACUAAAAUCUAUUAAUAACACAAUACAACUUACAACACAGUCCAAUAUAAAGAAUUUAUGCAUUCUACCGAGCCUUGAAGGAGUUAUAUAUUCCUAUGAAGGCUCUGAUGACAUUUUAUCUCACGGAACAUUGAUUAAUCACAAUCGCACUAUUAUUGAGAACUGUGAAAUUGGAUAUCAUAAUGCUUACCCCAAUAGUUUUAGGGUUUGUCAGAAUAAUGGAACAUGGACAUCAAAAUCUGAGAAACUAUGUUUCAAGUGCGGUAGAUCGUAUAUCGGACAUCGAUUAUUGAUCAAUAAUGGCAGAAUAGCACAAGUUGGAACAGCGCCUUGGAAUGUUGGAGUAUACCGAUUUAAUAAAAAGUAUUCCAACUAUGACUUGAUAUGCGAAGGAUCAAUAAUUAGUCCAACUUUAGUCGUUUCUGCGGCUCAUUGUUUUUGGAAAAAUGGUAUUGAGUAUAGAAUAUCAAUAAACGAUGGUCUAUAUAAAAUUGCUGUUGGGAAAUAUGAUAGAAAUUACACAGUUCUUGACAAUGAUUUUACUCAAAUAAUGGAUGUGAAAACAAUUUAUUUGAAAGAAGAUUAUUAUGGAUAUGAACGGUUCUAUUCUGAGGAUAUAGCAGUUAUCGUGUUAUCAAACAGAAUUAAUAUUAGUGAUGCUGUUGCACCAAUUUGUGUUGAUUGGAAUGGUAGAUAUAAUGUAACAAAUGGAACUCAGGGAAAGAUUGUUGGUUGGGGAAAUACGGAAAAAGACAUACCAAGUCCGGUUUUAUUAGAAGCAACUUUAUCGUACAUUGAUUAUAAUUCUUGUCGAAACGUGUAUAGAACUAAUGAUUUCCAAAAGUUUGUGACUUUUGAUAAAUUUUGUGCCGGAUCAACAUCGGGACAAGGAGUUCGUCAAGGUGACAGUGGUGCAGGUUUGAUGUUUUUGCAUUCUGAUUUUUAUUAUUUAACCGGGAUUGUGAGUGUCAAGGAAUCAAAUGCAAAUAAUUCCAUAGCAGUUUUCACAGAUGUUAAGCGCCACAUUAAAUGGCUUCGUGAACUGUAUUAUAAAUAUAGUUCUUCUGGUAGUGACAAUAUGCUGGUUACGAAUAAUGCAUGUGUUUUACCAAGUGCGGAAGGUAUUAUAUAUUUUUAUGGAGGUUCAGAUAAAAUUUUAUCUCACGGCACAUUGGUGAAUCCUAAUGAUAUUGUAAUUGAGAACUGUGAAGUUGGAUACCAUAAGGCUUCCCCAAAUAGUUUUAGGAUUUGUCAGGAAAAUGGAGAAUGGAAAUUGAAUUCUGAAAUUUUGUGUUUCAAAACGUGUCCACCUCUAUUAUCAGAUGGUUUAGACAUUAAAUGUACUCUAAAUGGUACCUAUGCUAAUUGUUCAAAUCCGUCUAUACCCGAUACAAUUGCAAACCAAUCGUGUAAGCCAACUCAUAGACUACUAAAUGGACAAGAAGGGACUCCAAUUGAAUUACGUUGUCAGUCUAAUGGGACGUGGAAUAAUCACCUAUAUAAAUGCACCCCAUAUUGCGGUAAACCAUACGCCAGCCAUCAGUUAUUGAUCGAUAAUGGUGCUACAACGCAAGUAGGUACUGCACCUUGGAAUGUUGGAAUAUAUAGGUUUAUUAAUGAGAGUUCCACGUAUUUUUUAAUAUGUGGAGGAUCAAUAAUUGCUCCAAAUAUUGUCGUUUCUGCGGCUCAUUGUUAUUAUAGAAAAGAAAUGCUCUCCAAUAUAUUAUCGAUAAACGAUGGUUCAUACAAAGUUGCCGUUGGAAAAUAUACUAGUGAUUACACUGUUAUUGACAAUGAAUUCACUCAAAUAAUAGAUAUGAAAAUAAUUUAUAUGAAAGAAGGUUAUUAUGGAGCUAACGGAAAUCAUGCUGAAGAUAUAGCUGUUAUCGUGUUGAAAAACAAAGUUCCUAUUAGUGCUGGUGUCGUACCAGUUUGUAUUGAUUGGAGUUCUAAAUAUAAUGUACUAAUUGGAGCUCAAGGAAAGAUUGUUGGUUGGGGAAAAACAGUAAAAAGCAUAAUUAGCCCCGUUUUAUUAGAAGCAACUUUAUCGUACAUCGAUCAUAAUUCUUGUCGAAUCAUGUAUACAAAUGGAUUUCGAACGUUUGUGACUUCUGAUAAGUUCUGUGCCGGAUCUAAAUUAAAACAAACACCUCGUGAAGGCGACGGUGGUGCAGGUUUAACGUUUUUACAUUCUGAUUUUCAUUAUUUAACUGGUGUACUGAGUGUCAAGGAUGUAAAUACAAACAAUUCAGUUACAGUUUUUACAGAUGUUAAAUACCACAUUCAAUGGAUUCGUGAACUGUAUAACAAAUAUAUUGUUGGUUGGGGUAAAACAGAAAAAGACGUGUCAAGUACCAUUUUAUUAGAAGCCAGUUUACCGUACAUCGACCAUAAUUCUUGUCGAAGCAUGUAUAAAACAUUUAAAAAAUUUCGCUUCAAUAUUAAUUCAUCAUUAGCCAUGAAGGUUACGUAUUCCUGGUUCAUAUAUUCAUGUUUAAUUUUUGGAACACAUGUGUUUUGUGAUAGAAUACUUGAAAAACGACAAACUGUUUCAUCAUGCAAAAUCAGAGACCAAUACAAAUGUAUAUCUGGCCAAUGUAUUGAUAAAACAUCAAUUUGUGAUGGAACUCGAGAUUGUAAUGAUGGGUCUGAUGAAACUUUGGCAUUAUGUAAUACAGUUCGGUGUCAAAAUUAUACAUUCCGGUGUAAAUAUGGGGCUUGUGUAAAUACAGAAAGUAAAUGUGAUGGUGUAAGACAGUGUGCUGAUGGAUCUGAUGAAGAAAAUUGUCCUGGUCCUAUUUCUAUAUCUGCAGAUCCAUUAACACUAAAACUUAGUAAUACAACACAAAUAACGACGGAGUCAAAUAAAAAGAAAUCAUGCAUUUUACCAAGCCUUGAAGGAGUUAUAUAUUCUUACGAAGGUUCAGAUGACAUUUUAUCUCACGGGACAUUGAUUAAACACAAUCGCACUGUUAUCGAGAACUGUCAAGUUGGAUAUCAUAAGGCUCACCACAAUAGUUUUAGGGUUUGUCAGGGAAAUGGAAAAUGGAUAUCUAAAUCUGAUAAAUUAUGUUUCAAAUGUGGUAGAUCGUAUAUCGGACACCAAUUAUUGAUCGAUAAUGGUAAAACAGCACAAGUUGGAACAGCACCUUGGAAUGUAGGAGUAUAUCGAUUUAAUAAAGAGAAUUCUAAGUAUGACUUGAUAUGCGGAGGAUCACUUAUUGCUGAAAAUAUAGUCGUUUCUGCAUCACAUUGUUUUUGGCAAAAUGGUAUGCUAUCUAAUAGAAUAUCAAUAAACAAUGGUCUAUAUAGAAUUGCUGUUGGGAAAUAUUAUAGAAAUUACACAGUUAUUGACAAUGAUUUUACUCAAAUAAUGGAUGUGGAAACAAUUUAUCUGAAAGAAGACUAUUUGGGAUAUAAUCGGUACUAUUCUGAUGAUAUAUCUGUUAUCGUGUUAUCAAACAGAGUUAAUAUUAGUGAUGCUGUUGCACCAGUUUGUGUUGAUUGGAAUGGUAGAUAUAAUGUAACAAAUGGAGCUCAAGGAAAGAUUGUUGGUUGGGGAAAUACAGAAAAAGACAUACCAAGUCCAGUUUUAUUAGAAGCAACUUUACCGUACAUUGAUUAUAAUUCUUGUCGAAGCAUGUAUACCAAUGACUUUCAAAAGUUUGUGACUUUUGAUAAAUUUUGUGCUGGAUCUAUAUCAGGACCAGGAGUUCGUCAAGGUGACAGUGGUGCAGGCUUGACGUUUUUACAUUCUGAUUUUUAUUAUUUAACCGGAAUAGUGAGUCUCAAGGAUCCAAAUUCAAAUACUUCAAUUGCAGUUUUUACAAAUGUUAGCUCCCACAUUAAAUGGCUUCGUGAAACGUAUAAAAAAUAUACAUCUUAUGACACUGAUAAUAUGCUGGUUACGAAUAAUGCAUGUGUUUUACCAAGUGCGGAAGGGAUUAUAUAUGCUUAUGAAGGAUCAGAUAAAAUAUUAUCUCAUGGCACAUUAAUUAAUCCUCUUCGUAUUGUAACUGAGAACUGUGAAGUGGGAUAUCAUAAGGCUUAUCCAAAUGGUUUUAGGGUUUGUCAGGAAAAUGGAGAAUGGAAAUUGAAUUCUGAGAAUUUGUGUUUCAAAACGUGUCCACCUCUAUUAUCAGAUAGUUUAGAUAUUAAAUGUACUCUAAAUGGUAACUAUGCUAAUUGUUCAAAUCCGUCUAUACCCGGUACAAUUGCAAACCAAUCAUGUAAGGCAACUCAUAGACUACUAAAUGGACAAGAAGGAAUUCCAAUUGAAUUACGUUGUCAGUCUAAUGGAACAUGGAAUAAUAACCUAUAUAAAUGCACCCCAUAUUGCGGUAAACCAUACGCCAGCCAUCAGUUAUUGAUCGAUAAUGGUGCUACAGCGCAAGUAGGUACAGCACCUUGGAAUGUUGGAAUAUAUCUAUCUAAUGAAUAUGAUUCUAAGUAUUCCUUGAAAUGCGGAGGAUCAAUAAUUGCUCCAAAUAUUGUCGUUUCUGCGGCUCAUUGUUUUUAUAGAAAAAAAAUGCUCUCCAAUAUAUCAUCGAUAAACGAUGGUUCAUACAAAGUUACCGUUGGAAAAUAUACUAGUGAUUACACUGUUAUUGACAAUGAAUUCACUCAAAUAAUGGAUGUGAAAAUAAUUUAUAUGAAAGAAGGUUAUUAUGGAAAUGACGGAUUUCAUGCUGAAGAUAUAGCUGUUGUCGUGUUGAAAAACAAAGUUCUUAUUAGUGCUGGUGUUGCACCAGUUUGUGUUGAUUGGAAUAGUAGAUAUAAUGUACCAAAUGGAGCCCAAGGAAAGUUUGUUGGUUGGGGAUAUACAGAAAAAAAAAAAAAAGUUAGCCCCGUUUUAUUAGAAGCAACUUUAUCGUACAUCGAUCAUAAUUCUUGUCGAAUCAUGUAUACAAAUGGAUUUCGAACGUAUGUGACUCCUGAUAAGUUCUGUGCCGGAUCUGAAUUAGAACAAACACCUCGUGAAGGCGACGGUGGUGCAGGUUUAACGUUUUUACAUUCUGAUUUUCAUUAUUUAACUGGUGUACUGAGUGUCAAGGAUGUAACUACAAACAAUUCAGUUACAGUUUUUACAGAUGUUAAAUACCACAUUCAAUGGAUUCGUGAACUGUAUAACAAAUAUGCUUCUUAAACAAGCGAUAACAUAAUUAUAUUUAAGCCCAAUAGCAUAAUACUUAAAUAACAAAUUCUAUGUCUAAUUAAAAUUAAAAUUGUUAUGAAUAUAUUUUUACUGUUACAUAACAAUUUUUAACAAAUUCAUUUUGAACAAAUGUUCAUCAAAAUUAAAUUUAAUACGACAUUAUUAUUAUAGGUAAUACAUAAGCAUUAUAUAAUUAAUUUACAAUUGUACGUAUCAGUUAUAUUAAAUUUGGUGUUUAAAAUGGUCGAGAAAUGAGAUUAAAGUGCAGUUAUUGUACGGAAAUUGUAACAAAAAUAGGUUUUGAACUUCGUAGACAUGCUAUAGCCAUUAGCCAUAGUAUUUACUAUUAUACAUUUAUACUAUUUAAUUUUAAAUAUAAAUUGCGUUUGUAUAAUAUAAUCAAAUAUAUAAGCACUGUAUUAUUUACUGUAAUUAUACAAAAUAAAAUUUCUACGAAUUA